GGGGCACUCCUUCUUUCCACUCCCGGCCUGAAUGCUCCCAGCCUUUCCUGCUGCUCUUUUUCCUCCUCCUCCACUUCCUUCCUUUCUUCUGGCUUUGUCGUUAAAUCUGCAUACUGGCUUAUGAGGGACCCCCUUUGCAGUUGCCAAUUGUCAUUGCAACCUGUGCUUUGGCAGCCUUAUUUCCGCCCCACCCUUUCUGAAGGACUCCCCAACUCCUUUCAAGUAAGUGCACCUGCUUGGCAGUUCCAGUGCCAUGGUCUCCUCCGGACUGAACCGUUGCCGGCUGGCCCUGGCAUUUGCAGUGUUCAUGGACGCUGCAGGCACCGGGGCACUACUGACCGGCAUCUUUGCUAGACUGAGGCUGCGAGGCCGAGACUUUGGGGAUCUAUUAAUCUACUCGGGUGCAGUGCUGGUGUUCCUGAGCCUGUUGGGUUGGAUUAUGUGGUACACAGGAAAUAUUGAGAUAGCCCCUGAAGAGCUGGCAAGGGAUUAUCAUGCCAAGAAAGGCACGCUGGCACGGCUGGCUAGGAAGAUCUCACGGACCUGGUCGCGACGCCAAGGCGGUGGGCUGGCCAUGAGAACCAUUACAAGUAGCCGAGAAGCAGCUUAGAGGUGUGUGUGUGCUCUGCCUGCAGGAUGGAUUUAGCUGGACAACAUUCUUCUAAAACUGGACCUGAGAAAAGCAGGUGACUCUUCAAUCAAUACCUUGGAACUCCUGCCCAUACCACGUUGUGAUAUUAUUGCUAUACAGUGCUGGGUGAAUUUUGCUUUCCCUACAUUUAUAAAUAUAUAAAUAUA